CGCGGGGAUGCGGGACCCGGGGAUGCCCAGCCCGGUGCGAGCACGACCAGGGGCGGUCCCCGGUGAGUCACGGCCGCGUCCCCAUAAAGCGCCCCCGCCGGGCGCUGCCGCACGAUGGCUCCGUGCGCCCGUUCCGACGGUGCGGCCGCUGCGGGACCAGACGGGCACCGGGGCGGGGGGAGCCGGGGCGGGGGGAGCGCUCCGGUGCCCGGGAGGAGCUGCGGGGGCUCGGGGAUGCCGCCCGGUGCCGUGCCCGGCUCGGGGGCCGCAUCCCGGCGUGCCCGCCCCGGUGCCGGGCGCUGAGCCCCGUUUCUGCCCGCAGCCCCCCCCGGGCCCCGUGCCCUCCUCCUCCUCCUGCUGCUGCUCUGCUGGGCCGUGGCCUCCCGCAGCGCCGCUGCCAUGGCCCUGCAGCCCCCCCGCAUCACCACGCUGCGGAUGCCGGCAGAGCACCCCCGCCUGGGCUGUGGUGUGAAGAUCUCCUGCGAGGCCGUGAGCAGCCUCCCCGACCUCACGCUGCUCUACUGGCUGGGGAACGGCUCCUUCAUCGAGAAGCUGCACCCGGACGGCGCCGUGCACGAGGGGAUGCUGCUAGAGGAGCCGUGGGGCUCGGGGGUGCUCCUGCGCCGUGACCUGCUCUUCAGCUCCUUCAGCGCCCGGGACCUGCGCACCAACUUCACCUGCGUGGUGCUGAGCCCCGUCGGCCUUGACACCAGGGAGGUGCGAUGGGGCCCCCCGGAGCCGGCCCCCAGCGAGAGCAGGGGACAGGGCUGAGACUGGGCAGCAGCUGGUGGUGGGUGAGAGCCUCACGGUGUGGGGCAAGGGCUGCCCCGGCCGCAUGGGAAGGGAUGCUCCGUGGGACUGGCGUGGGGGGAAACCCUCCUGCCCCUGCCCGGAGCUGCCCCCAGCCCGGCCCUUGCUGGACCCUGGUUGGUGGCAGUGUGGUGGGCUCUCAGCCUGCCCACCCCCAGGUCAGGAGGCUGCUGUGGGGGCUCUUUGCCCAGCCCCAGAGCUUUGUCCCUGCUUUGAUGGACACAGCCCCGCUGCGGGGCUCCUGGUGCCCCUCGCCCCCCAGGACCUGCCCGCAGCAGGCUGUGGGGCAGCAGGGAUUCAUUAAAGUGCAUUGAGGCUG